AUGGCGGGUAUAUUCUCAUUAGGCAGCAGCGGAGGAAGAAGAGGGAACAACAACAACAACAACAACAACAACACCAACACCAACGACCAACACCAGCACAACUCACCCACGGAUAUUCCUCCUCCCGACAACUUAUUCUGGUAUAACAAAAAUGACGAUGUUUCCACCUACCGAGGUUUCGAGCUAUGGAACCAACAACAACAUCAACAAGAACAAGAACAACAACUCAUCCCUCAAGUGCGGCCUCUCUUCCACCCAGAUCUUUACUCGUCAGCAGCUGCUUUAGGUGUGGGGCCCAGCAGGCUCGUUUCCGAUGAUCAAUCGUCGUCGAGAUCCGCCUUCAUGGUGAGCAGCUCCGCCGUAGGAAGCGGAAGCGGAGGGAUAAGCUGUUUAGACUGCGGAAACCAAGCGAAGAAAGAUUGCCCUCACAUGCGAUGCAGGACUUGCUGCAAGAGUCGAGGCUUUGAUUGCCAAACCCAUGUGAGAAGCACUUGGGUUCCAGCUUCCAAGCGCCGCGAGAGACAACAGCAACUAGCUACUUUGCAACAAGGGGGAGGAGGAGGAGGAGGAGAAGAAGAUCUUCCUAGAAGGCACAGAGAUCAUAACUCAACCUCUUCGCCUCUCGCCUGCACUCGUUUACCUACAAACCCCUCACCCUCAGGGUUAGAUGAUGUAAAUUUUCCUGCGGUGGUGAGUUCUUCUGCGGAGUUCAGGUGCGUACGUGUUAGUUCGAUGGAAGAUGCGGACGAAGAGUAUGCAUACUCAACGGCUGUAAACAUUGGAGGGCAUGUGUUCAAAGGAAUUCUCUACGACUACGGUCCAGAUAGCAGUAAUUACAUGGAAAGCUCCUCCACCGGAGUUCAGCCGUCGAACACCGCUGCAUCCGCCGCUGCCGUUGUGUCUGGGGCAAUCGUCGAUCCUUCUUCCUUGUAUCCAGCUCCUCUUAACGCCUUUAUGCCUGGUAGUGGUACGCAAUUCUUCCCUCACCCAAGAUCUUGAACAAACAAUGAAAG